ACCCCAUUAUUGGCAUUUUAUGACCAGAAUUGAGGACAAUGCUUGGCACAGGACUGCUGCUGAGGAAAAAAUGUGGUUCAUCCGUUCUUUCAUAUAUUUGUUAAUUGUCGUAUUUGAUCGACGAUUGCCGUACGGUGCCGUAACACAAGAAAUAAAUUGGCGGGAAAAUGAAAAAUACAUUUGUGUUUAUGUCAACUACUGCAGCAGAAACUGGAAGAAAAACAACUUUACAGAAAAAAUUAAAGAAAACCAACAUAAACGCACUGCAUAGAAACCUACCUUAAUUUAGAAAAAAUGGAAAGCCAAAAAACUUGGAUCCAAUGUAGUGUUAAGUCAUGCAAUAAAUGGAGAGUUGUCCAGAAUGAAAUUGCGAAAAAAUAUUCCGACAUGCCGUGGACUUGUAGCAUGAAUCAAGACAGAAAUUAUAACCAUUGUGCCAUCCCAGAAGAGGAAGAGAAAGCUCCACGAGGCAAAAAAUCUGUUGUUACAAAGAUUCCGUUCGAGAAAGGCGAAAUAAUCUUAGCAAAAAUGCAUGGAUAUUGCCAAUGGCCAGCAUUUAUUAGCCCUGAUCCAAAAUGUGACGAAUACUACGACGCAGUUCUGAAUGAAAAUGAUGAAGAAGAAGAAAUCACUCACGUUCACGUGGAAUUUUUUGGACAGCCGAGAACACAUGCAUGGAUCAACAUUGGAAACAUCUUUCAAUACAAAGGGUUUGAAAAUGGCGGAGUAAAAAGAAGAUGGAAACAAUCCUUUACCGUUGCGAUGGAAGAUGCUUUCCACUCAAGUCAUUUGACUUGCGAGGAAAGACUUGAAACUUCCUUCUUCAAACAUAUUAAAUCAACCUCUAACAAUGAAAAUUUAUCAAAGGAUAUGCUGAAGAACAUAAAUGCAAGUUUUUAAAUGUAAAACGAGCUUGCUAAUUGCUAUUUAACCUACAAUCUUUUCAAUAUUUUUAGACUUCAGAAAGCAAGAUAAAGCAUUUUUACAAUGAGCUUAAUAAGUUUUACUUGAAAAAUAAUUUCAAAGCUAUUGAUCAGAUCAAACUUCCCAUGUACUGUGGCCAGAAUAUCGAUCUUUAUAAAAUAUUUCAAGCAGUAUACUAUGAAGGAGGAUUUACGGAGGUAGCUAUUGCUAAAACAAACUAUAUAACGAAAAGAAAAAGCAAAGAAAUGUAUAGUACCUUUUUAUUUAGUGAUAAC